AUGUCGGUUUCGAGCUGGCGUGUACAAGUAAAACAAAAAGGAGAAAUCGAGGUUGAGGGCUCGCAAUCGUCUACCAACGGUUACGAGUUGGAACACGUGAAGUUGGCGAUGUGCUGGCCUUGGGCCGCUCGCUUCAUUUGGGGCACAGUAUUCGACGUUGAAUGGAACGCUGGGAGGCUAUUCGGGGUGCGGGAGGAUCUCCAAAUCGAAGCUGCGUGA